AUGCAGGUUGUAAGAAACGCUGGGUCCUGGUUCUUUCGGUCAUGGGCUUGGCCGCCGACGACCAGGAUCGUGGCCGGAGUGCCGGGCCCCACCAUCCACAUGAGCGCCCAACAGAUGCAGGACGCAGCGGCCAAGCAGGAGGUUGAGAAGGCGGAGACUCCGGCUCCAGCUCCGAGCCACAGCAGCUUCAGCAUUUACCCUCCAGUUCCAGGACAGGAGAGCUCUCUGAGGUGGGCAGGAAAGAAAUUCGAGGAGAUCCCAAUCGCACACAUUAAAGCAUCCUACAACAACACACAGAUCCAGGUGGUCUCGGCUGCUCACCAGCCCCUUGCCCGCGCCUCUUGUGGCACAGAGGGGUUUCGGAAUGCCAAGAAGGGCACGGGCAUCGCAGCACAGACAGCAGGCAUCGCUGCUGCAGCGAAAGCUACAGGAAAAGGCGUGACCCACGUCCGAGUUGUGGUCAAAGGCCUGGGGCCCGGGCGCUUGUCUGCCAUCAAGGGCCUGACCAUGGGGGGCCUGGAAGUGAUCUCAAUCACAGACAACACCCCCAUCCCACACAACGGCUGCCGCCCCAGGAAGGCACGGAGGCUGUGA